AUGGAUUCCUUUGCUGCAAACUCAAAGAAAUCGUUCCACAUUCGUUCGAACAGUUUGCCUUCAAAGCCGCAUCCAGUUGUGGAUGAAAUUAAUGAAAAUCUCCGCAGAUUGAAGGCCUCUGAAGAAGCCACUUCUUCAUCUUCUACUUUGUGCCAAAAACUUGAUGGUCUUCAAGAUUUACAUGAUUCCAUUGAUAAGUUGCUUCUUUUGCCGCUCACACAUCAAGCUCUUGUUGACAACAAAUCAGUUGAUGACUUGUUAGAAGGAUCUCUCAAGAUCCUUGAUGUGUGUGCUUUGGCUAAGGAUAUUUUAUCACAAAUGAAAGAAUCUGCACACGAACUUGAGUCGGCAUUGCGCAGAAGAAAAGAUGACAUGAUUGAUGUUCAGAAGUAUUUGAACUCAAGGAAGAUGGUAAAGAAGGCAAUCCACAAGGCCUUGAAGGGAAUGGAAAAAACAAGUUCCCAAAAAAGUGAUGAAAGUUUAGAAAUUGUUAGCUUGCUAAAGGAGGCAGAAACUGUUACAUAUAACAGCAUUCAAUCCCUAUUGUUAUUUGUAGCAGGACCAAAGUCUCCAUCAAAGAUGAGCAGAUGGUCUCUAGUUUCCAAGCUGAUGCAACCUAAGAAAGUAGCCAACAAGGAGGAUGGUGCAUAUGGAAAUGAAGUAGAGAUGGUAGAUGCUUCAUUGUAUUCAAUCACCGGUCACAAAUCUGAUUUCUUUGUGCAAGUUGAAGAAGUGCAGAACUCGUUGAGAAAAUUGGAGUCGUGCAUUCGUGACCUUGAAGAAGAUCUCGAAAAUCUAUAUCGUUGUCUUAUAAAGAAUAGAGUCUCGUUUCUUAACAUCCUAAAUCACUUCCUAAAUCACUGA